AGAACAGCUCCGACCCUCCUUCCUUCCUUCUCGGACCAAAAUAGUUGAGGGUGGAGGAGCUGACAUCAGCUAGUCAGAAAUGGCUGCCACCGGAGUCCUUCCCUUCAUCAGGGGGGUAGACCUCAGUGGAAACGACUUUAAAGGAGGAUACUUCCCCGAAGACGUCAAGUGCAUGAGCAGCCUGCGAUGGCUGAAGCUGAACAGGACGGGACUCUGUUACCUCCCAGAGGAGCUGGGCUCUCUCCAGAAGCUGGAGCAUCUUUCAGUCAGCCACAACAGUCUGACCACCUUACACGGAGACCUUUCCAGCCUACCAAACCUGCGGGCGGUGGUAGCCAGAGCCAACAGCCUGAAAAACUCUGGAGUACCUGAUGACAUCUUUCAGCUGGAGGACCUGUCUGUGCUGGAUCUGAGCUACAACCAGCUGACGGAGAUCCCCAGGGACCUGGAGAACAGCAGGAACAUGCUGGUGCUGAACCUGAGUCACAACGGCAUCGAGUCCAUCCCCAACCAGCUGUUCAUCAACCUCACGGACCUGCUGUACCUGGACCUGAGCGACAACAAGCUGGACAGCCUGCCGCCCCAGAUGAGGCGCCUGGUGCACCUGCAGACCCUCAUUCUGAACAACAACCCGCUGAUGCACGCACAGCUGCGGCAGCUGCCGGCCAUGGUGGCUUUACAGACGCUUCACCUGAGGAACACCCAGAGGACGCAGAGCAACAUGCCCACCAGCUUGGAGGGACUGACUAAUUUAGCAGACGUUGACCUGUCCUCCAACGACCUGACCCGGGUCCCAGAGUGCCUGUAUUCCCUGAGCAGUCUGAAGAGACUCAACCUGAGCAGCAACCAGAUCUCUGAACUCUCCCUGUGCAUCGACCAGUGGAACCAGCUGGAGACGCUGAACCUGAGUCGCAACCAGCUCACCUCGCUGCCUUCUGCGAUCUGCAAGCUGUCCAAGCUGAAGAAGCUGUAUUUAAAUUCCAACAAGCUGGACUUUGACGGGCUCCCUCCGGGUGUGAGCAAACUUGCCAACCUCACCGAGUUCAUGGCCGCCAACAACAACCUGGAGCUCAUCCCAGAGGGCCUCUGCAGGUGCGACAAACUGAAGAAGUUGGUGCUGAAUAAGAACCGGCUGGUAACGCUGCCUGAAACCAUCCACUUCUUGCCCAACUUGGAGAUCUUAGACGUGCGGGAGAACCCCAACUUGGUGAUGCCACCAAAGCCCGUGGACCGAUCAGCGGAGUGGUACAACAUCGACUUCUCCCUUCAGAACCAGCUGCGUCUGGCCGGAGCUUCUCCCGCGACCGUGGCAGCUGCAGGGGGAGGAGCCAGCCAUAGAGAUCACCUGGCGAGGAAGAUGAGGCUGAGGAGGAAGAAGGACAGCUCGCAGGACGAUCAGGCGAAGCAGGUCCUGAAAGGCAUGAGCGACGUUGCUCAGGAGAAGAAGAACAUGGAGGAAAACGGCGACUUGAAGUACGGAGACCUGAAAGUCCGCCGCUGGGACAAGAGCCUGGAGAAACCUCAGCUGAAUUACUCUGAGUUCUUCAUGGAGGACGUGGGACAGGUUCCAGGAGUGACGGUGUUCCAGAUAGAGAACUUUGUUCCCCUACAGGUAGAUGAGGCUUUCUAUGGCAAGUUCUACGAGGCCGACUGCUACAUCGUCCUCAAGACCUUCCUGGACGACAACGGAGCCUUAAACUGGCAGAUCUUCUACUGGAUCGGUCAGGAGGCGUCGCUGGACAAGAAAGCCGGCGCCGCCAUCCAUGCUGUCAACCUGAGGAACUUCUUAGGCGCAGAGUGCAGGACCAUUCGGGAGGAGAUGGGAGACGAGAGCGAGGAGUUCAGCGCCGUAUUUAGCAAUGAGAUCUCCUACAUCGAAGGAGGGACAGCCAGCGGGUUUUACACUGUGGAGGACACGAAUUAUACCGUCAGGUUGUACAGAGUCUACGGCAAGAAGAACAUCAAGCUGGAGUCUGUGCCGGUGAAGGGCUCCUCCCUCGACCCUCGCUUUGUGUUCUUGCUGGACACGGGGCUGGAAAUCUUCAUCUGGAGAGGAGCCAACGCUACCCUGGGCGGCACCACGAAGGCCAGGUUGUUUGCCGAGAAGAUCAAUAAGAACGAGCGGAAAGGGAAGGCGGAGAUAGCCACGCUGAUGCAGAACCAGGAGCCGCCUGAGUUCUGGGAGCCUCUGGGAGGACAGCCAGAGGAGAUCGUGAAGCACGUGCCGGAUGAUUUCUCCCCCGUCAGACCCAAGCUGUACAAAGUGGGCCUGGGCCUCGGCUACCUGGAGCUGCCUCAGAUCAACUACAAACUGUCUGUGGAGCAUAAAGAUCACAAGAUCAAGCUGGACACCCUACCUGAGCUCAGGCUGGUCCAGUCUCUGCUGGACACGAAAGGCGUGUACAUCCUGGACUGCUGGUCCGACGUCUUCAUCUGGAUCGGGAGGAAGUCUCCCCGGCUGGUCCGAGCUGCGGCCCUAAAGCUGGGCCAGGAGCUCUGCUCCAUGCUGCACAGACCCAAACACGCCAGCGUCACCCGCAACCUGGAGGGCACCGAGUGUCAGGUGUUUAAGUCCAAGUUUAAGAACUGGGACGAUGUUCUGAAGGUGGACUACACCAGAGCCGCUGAGACGGUGCAGCAAAACGACAACCUGCAAGGGAAGGUGAAGAAGGACGCAGAGCAGAAGGACCAGAUGAAGGCCGACCUCACGGCGCUGUUCCUCCCCCGGCAGCCGGCCAUGGCCCUGACCGAGGCCGAACAGCUGAUGGAGGAAUGGAACGAGGACCUGGACGGCAUGGAGGGGUUCGUCCUGGAGGGCAAGAAGUUCACGCGGCUUCCCGAGGAGGAGUUCGGACACUUCUUCACCCAGGACUGCUACGUCUUCCUCUGCAGAUACUGGGUUCCUGUGGAGUACGAGGACGACGAGGAGGAGAAGAAGGAAGGCGAGGCUGGUAGAGGAGGAGGAGGAGGCGGCAAGGGGGAGGAAGACGAGGAGGACAAACAGCCUGAGGAGGACUUCCAGUGUGUGGUGUACUUCUGGCAGGGCAGGCAGGCGUCCAACAUGGGCUGGCUCACCUUCACCUUCUCCCUGCAGAAGAAGUUCGAGAGUCUUUUCCCCGGAAAGCUCAAGGUCGUGCGCAUGACGCAGCAGCAGGAGAACCUCAAGUUCCUGUCGCACUUCAAAAGGAAGUUUAUCAUCCACAAAGGGAAGCGGAAACAGAACACGGACUCCGUGCAGCCGUCGCUUUACCACAUCCGCACCAACGGCAGCGCUCUCUGCACCAGGACCAUCCAGAUCGGCACAGACUCCUGCAACCUCAACUCGGAGUUCUGCUUCAUACUCAAGGUACCAUUCGAGAGCACCGACAACCAGGGCAUCGUGUACACCUGGGUGGGCAGAGCCGCCGACCCGGACGAGGCCAAGCUGGCCGAGGACAUCAUGAACACCAUGUUCGACGACACCUACAGCAAGCAGGUCAUUAACGAGGGGGAGGAGCCAGAGAACUUCUUCUGGGUUGGGAUUGGAUCUCAGAAAGCGUACGAUGAAGAUGCAGAGUACAUGAAACACGCGAGGCUCUUCAGGUGCUCAAACGAGAAGGGUUACUUCUCCGUGUCCGAGAAGUGUUCGGACUUCUGCCAGGACGACCUGGCCGACGACGACAUCAUGCUGCUGGAUAACGGCAUGGAGGUUUACAUGUGGGUCGGCACUCAGACCAGCCAGGUGGAGAUCAAGCUGAGCCUCAAAGCCUGUCAGGUCUACAUCCAGCACAUGCGCGCUAAGGACGCCGAACACCCGAGGAAGCUGCGCCUGGUGAGGAAGGGAAACGAGCCUCACUGCUUCACGCGCUGCUUCCACGCCUGGGGGCCUUUCAAAACUCCACCGUCAUAGGCCAAACACGCUCGCAACCCCUCAGCCUGCUGCCACGCGGGGCGUAUUUAAACCAGUAAUGAGGUUUUUGUGUCCUUCCCUCCAUCUCGCAGCCAAAACCAACCAAAAUCUCCUGGAGAUAGACGGACUGGACGCUUAAAAACCUGAGAACGAGGACAGAAAUAAUGCUAUUUUUUUCUAUGAACUUUAUUUACACAAGCUUGAAUAUUACUGUUAAAUAAGAGAAUUAUCUUUUAAAAUGUACAGAGGAUUUAUAAAAACUAAGGGAAGGUUUAUCUGCUUACAUAUCGUUCUAUUGUGCUGCUUUCAGGGGAGCAGGUGCCAUUCAGUCCGCUUAUCCAAGCAGUUUAGGGCACAUAUUUGUUUUUCUUUACAUCGUUGAGGGAUUAAAGCGAAAUUUGUUUUUUUUUUUCUGAGGAAUGUCAGCCUAGUACUUAUUACACAUUUUUAAGCCGUUUGUCUUCACUUUAAUGCACUCUUUGGAAAAACUGUUAAUUUUGUCACUUUUCUUGAUCCUAAACGCAAAACGAAUCUUUGCUGUGGGAGAUUCUGUUUGUUUCUCAUUGGUUUAUUUUCAUUUUGAAAGGAACUUUACAUGCAUUUGGCCAAAGACAUUUUCCCAAGGUCAGACAGCAAGAUUACGCUUUUCUUUUUCUUCUUGUUUCAAUGUGCAAUCAGUAGAGCCUGGGAGACGCUGAAGCUAAAUGACGUGACGUAUCCUUCUGCUGGAGGCUUCUCCGUAGAGCUAUUUACAGCAACCAGGUUUAGAUCUUUAGAAUCAUCACGUUUAUCUCUGUGAAAAGAGGGAACUCGAUUGAUUCUAGUUCAGAUGACUGUAGUGGGUCUUGAUCAUGUGACCUGUGCAGAGAGCAGGUAUUGGUCCAGGGAAGAGAUCAGUUGACUGCAAUAAGUCUCAUACUUCUUUAUAUUUUUACCUGGUGGUUUCUACGCCUGUUGAAGUGUGAGUCCCGCACACAUCUAAUACACGCACACGCUCCUGAUCCCACCUGCAGAUGCUUUAUUUAUGUAUUUUAUAUAAAAUAAAAACUUCCAUCACC